CAAAGAGGAGGAAGUUAAAUGUUGUUUUCAUGUAUCUUUGACCUUCUUUCAGAUCGACGAAUUGAUUCACACUACAGUUUGAUCUUAUGGAUAAUAUUUCAAUAUUAUAUCAAAGAGUUUUGAAAAAGGAUCACCAGAAAAAGGAGAACGAAAUAAAUCAGCUUAAUGUGAAACAUGCAGAAAAGGACUUGUCAUGUACAAAUGAAGCAGAGCAAACAUCUGUUUUUGACCAUUGCAAAUCACAGAAGAACCAGUGCAAAGAUGAGAUUGCUUCACACAUCCAAAUGAUUGCUUGGAAAUCGAAUCUUUUAUCGAACGUAAAAGUGAACGAAGUAAAUGUAAAAGUACCAACAAAAAUGGCUGGACCAUGUAAUGGCAAGGUCCCAAUUGUAGGUGAAUUUGGGUCUAUACUAGCAGUGCAUUCAAAUAUGUAUAUUGAAAAGCAACGUGAUCAUAUCCGUAAUGUAGCAAAACAAAUAAACAAAGCUAACCGUCCAUAUGUGUCAUACAUAAAGAAAACCAAAACUCAUACAGGACCUCAGUGGCCAUUUCAACCUUGGAUUAGUUGCACUUGGGGAAAUGACUUAAAUCCAGAUGUCUUUUUAAGUCUCUUUGACCCGUUUGUGGACCCACACACUGAAAGCAAAAGAUUGCCUAGAGAAAAUUUACUACAAUCAUCUCUUAAAGUUGAUCAAAGUAAAAUAAAUUAUCAGUUUAUAGACAGCGUUUGUAAAGAAAACUUGAAAUCUUCUCAAGAAGAGCACAAUCAAGAAUACGUGAAAGUCGUGAAUGAUAUGAAAGGUAUGCUGAAAACUGUCUAUGAUAUAUUAGCAGAAAAACAUAAAGUUUUUCAUCAUUAUAACAUUAUUGGAAUGGGAAGCAUGGCCGAAGGGACUAAGAUAGGAAACCCCGACGAAUUUGACUUCAUGAUAGAACUGCCGUGCUUGAACGAAGCAUUGGAAGUGUUGGAACCGCCAAUAUAUGAUUCUCUUCAAUCUGACGAGAAAAAAUCUCUUGGAAUUAAAAAAAGAAAAUUGUUUGACGAUUUUGAGGACAUUGAUCAGAGUGAAGAGAACGAUAAACAUUUUCUUAAAAGGGUAUGGAAUACUAUCCAGAUUGAAACUGCCAAUAUUUUAGAGACAAAUGCAGUACCCGGUUGGAAGUGGCUUGAUACAGUCCCUAUUUUUAUGACAGGACUUGCGCAGACGCAUACAUUACUCUUUUCAGGAGAAAAAUGGAAUCAGAUGGUCGUUCACGUUGACUUGUGUUUAUGCUUUAAACCACAGGACUUCAACAAUUUAAUGAAUGUAAAUCAAGAAAUUUUAGACAAGACUCGGCCUGGUAUUACAACGCCUAAGAAAAAGGCCGAAGAAAGGUAUGAUUAUUUAAUACUUCGAUCUGAUGGCGAGGCAAGAUGGACUCGGGCAGUGCGAGAAAAGGAAAUAUGGUAUAGGUAUUCUUCCAACAAUGGGAGAAAGGUAGUCUACCGCUGUUUAAAGUAUGCUGUUUCAACAUGUAUACCACGAAAAUAUAACGAGGCUCUCUUCCGAACUGAACCACUUGUUCCAUCCUACUGGAUCAAAACUAUUGUAUAUUACAUGAUGACUCAUUUCUGGAAAGAUACAUUUUGGACAGAGGAUAAAAUAACGACAAGGUUUGCAGAGUGUUUUUUAAUGUUAGUCAAAUGCCUUACAGAAAAGAAUCUUUCAAGUUAUUUCAUUCCGCAUAAUGUGUUAUCCAAAUUUUUUCCAACGUUGGUAAAGAGGUCUGACCUUGAGGAAGAAUACGGAAAUAUUCUUCAACAAUUAGAAGUCCUUAAUGAGGCAAUCUUCUUUCAACCGGUUGAAAUUAAAGAUAAGAACGUUUUUCAGCUUUUGUGUAAAAAAGCAGAAGAGAUGAGCGAUAUUGAAACAGAAAAUGGUCGUUUCAAGUCAGUAAUUGAACUUUGUUACUUUUAUGCAAACAAUGAUUUUAGUGACGAGAAUUUCAAAUCGUUAUGCUCGUUUAUAGAAUUGUUCAUGCCAGAAAGUGUAGAGGUUCAUGGUAAAGGAUCCGAAUUCCAAUUAACAUACAGAGGCACUAAUGUGAACCUCAACGGCAAAAUAUCCGAAUACUACGGCGAUGACACUGAAUAUUUUGGAAAACGAGACUGUAAAACUUGACCAAUUGUUCUCUAAAUCUCGUAUAACAUGAACUUAUGAAUUAAAUAUGAAAAAGAA